UUAUUGUGGCCGCCCGAUAUCGCGAGACUUGGGCCAUUAUCAACCUGCUUGACACACAGCAGCGCUGAGUGCAGCCUGCCUUCCCAGGGUCGGACUGGAGCUCAAGAAACGACAAGGCGAAGCGAACAUCUGGCCGCACAUCAUGAAAGGACGUCGGGGCUUAUAGGAGACAAAGACGACGACGCGGGCGGGAAAUACGUUCCCCAGUCCCCCUUUUUGCUGGUCCAGUUCUGCGCGUGUUUGGAGAAAAAAGCCGGUUAUGAAGGAAGAAUGGAGUUCCCAGACCAUAGCCGUCAGUUGCUGCAGUGCCUGAGUCAGCAGCGUCACCAGGGCUUCCUCUGUGACUGCACCGUUCUGGUCGGGGAGGCUCGGUUCAAAGCGCACCGGGCCGUGCUGGCCUCCUGCAGCAUGUACUUCCACCUCUUCUACCGGGACCAGCUGGACAAAAGGGACGUCGUGCACCUCAACGGCGACAUCGUGACGGCCCCGGCUUUCGGCCUGCUCCUGGAGUUCAUGUACGAGGGCAAGCUGGAGUUCGGCGCUCUGCCCGUGGAGGACGUCCUGGCGGCGGCCAGCUACCUCCACAUGUACGACAUUGUCAAGGUGUGCAAGGGCCGGCUGAAGGACAAGGAGCUCUCCUGCCUGGACGAAAAGCUGGGCGAGGGUUUGGGCCUGGGCCUGGGCCUGGGGCUGGGGCUGGGCUGUCUGGACAGGGAGAGCUCGUCGGACGGCGAGCUGCACAGUAAGCAGCUCGUCCGGCGACAGACCCAGUCCCAGGGGCUUCACGGGGCCCCCCCCGCCCAAGGCUUUGACACGGACAACAGCGACGUCAGGCCGGCUGUCACAGAUUGCGAGAGGUCCGCGCAGACCAGCAGGCAGAAGGCGAACGGUCACUCCGGCAGGUCCCCGGACCUUGUAGGUGUCAGUUAUGUGUCAGCGGAGGGCGAGCCCCGCGUCCAAACAGCUGGAAAAACAAAAGCCGAUGUCAGGAGCUCGGCCGCGCCGCCGUCCCAGAGGUCCCGGGCUUCGGAUGACAUGGACUGCGCGCUGGAUUUGUCUUUCAAGCCUCUGUCUAGCAGAGAUCCCUCGCGCCCCUCCCACGUCUCGGGACAGCUGGCCCUCGACAGCCAGCAGCAGGGCACUGAGCCACUUGUUAAAGACGAACACGACUCGCUGUCAGAGCGGGAGGACAGUGAGCCGACGAGCCCCGAGAGCCAGCGCUUUGGGAAUAGCGCCAGGGGCUCGGUGGUGACAGGGUUCGCUGCCCUCUUCCCGGGCAACAACGCCGCCGCCGCCGCCGCCCUGCUCUCCCGGGAGGAGGACCUGAUGGACGAGGAGGGGGAGGCCUGCCGGGGGAGGGAGGGCGGCCCCGGGCGGGAGGCGGACGGGAGGGGCCGGCCGCCGGGGGACAGCGAGGAGGAGGAGGAGGACGACCUGGCCUCCUCGGACAUCUCCACGUCCAGCGGGGCGCUGCUGGCCCCGGGGCAGCGGGUGUGCGUGUGCCCGCUGUGCAGCAAGGUCUUCCCCAGCCCGCACGUGCUCCAGCUGCACCUGAGCGCGCACUUCCGCGAGAAGGACGGCGCCCGCGCCAAGCUGUCGCCCGACGGCUCGGUGCCCACCUGCGCGCAGUGCAACAAGACCUUCUCCUGCAUGUACACGCUCAAGCGCCACGAGCGCACGCACUCGGGCGAGAAGCCCUACACGUGCGGCCAGUGCGGCAAGAGCUUCCAGUACUCGCACAACCUGAGCCGCCACGCCGUGGUGCACACGCGCGAGAAGCCGCACGCCUGCAAGUGGUGCGAGCGCCGCUUCACGCAGUCCGGGGACCUCUACCGCCACAUCCGGAAGUUCCACUGCGGCCUGGUCAAGACUCUGGCCAUCGGGUAG